CCCCGUUAUCUGUGAACGGUUCUACCGACACAAACAUGGCCGACGUGUAUCUUUGUCUGCUACUGAGCAUCGCAGUCUCAUUGGCGCUGAGGUGUCAGGCAAUAGACAAUUCAGAGGAUUUUGCUGCUGGUAAACUUGUGGGUCAUGUCAUCUUCAAAGACCUUGACGAUGCAUCCGGACUAGCAGCCAGUCGAAAAUUCAAAAAUGUCCUUUACACCCACAGUGAUGGAGGCGGGGGCCCCUAUAUCUACGCAAUAAACGAAACAUCUGGGUCUCUGAUCGCGACAUUUAGGAUUGCAAAUGCCAAGAACCAUGAUUGGGAGGAUAUUGCUGUUGGUCCGUGUGGAAACUCUACCUGUAUUUACAUUGCUGACUCUGGCCAGAAUUAUCAUUCCAAAUCAUCAGCCAACACAAUUUACAGAGUGCUUGAGCCCGAUUUCAUUAUCAGGAGCAUGGAUCAAGAUCUACCCCUCGAUUCUAUUGCUCAAUACACAUGGUCGGAGGAGCAAUCAGAGACGUUGAUGGUCGAUCCCAAAGGGGAGGUCUACCUUAUAGGGUAUGUAUGCAGCGGGCGUGGAAUGGUCUCCCAUCUCCCAAAAAGCGCGUGGGGAAGCCCUAACCCAGUCAAUAUUGAUUCAUCACAGUUUCUUCCCAUUAAUACCGACCACCAUGACCCAGUCUCUGGCGAUAUUUCCAUGGACGGUAGCAAACUCCUUAUCAAAUCAAAAUACCACAUCUUUUACUGGAGAAUUGAGGGCAGUGACGUAUUGGGAUCAUUGACUACGACACCCGUUGAAGUUCCCUAUCAUUAUGAAGGAAAUGGUGACUCACAGGCAGUUUGUUGGAGUGCUGACGGUCAGAAUUACUACACACUGCCCGAAGGUCACAAUCCACCACUUUACAUAUAUACCCGGAAUAAUACUAGAAGUCCGGAUAUAGUUGGAAAUCUUAUCGGAAAGUGACAGUUAUGUUCCUAUUGCUUUCCAUUUAUUCAACUUAAGCACAUGUACAUAGCAGUCUUUAUUCUUCAAAAUGAAAAUAUUACGAAUUAAAGAUAUUAACUAGGCCCAGUCUAAUUUGAGUGUGCAUAACUAUGCGCA